CAAGGAUUCAGUGUUGCACUAAAAACACCGUCAAAAACGAGAGCUCCCGUCAGUAACUAAUGCCAGUGACUUCGGUAAAUAUAGCCUGCAACGUUUAGAAUUAUCAACAUUUGUCCUGUGGGAGGCGAAGGAAUCUACAAUCAAUUAUCGUCGCCCACGGCUUUGCUCAUAUUCUUGAAUCGAUCUGAUACCCCUCUUCCUCCCUCACUUUCUUUCUUCAUUUUUCUUUUCCUCAUUCGCACUCACCACAAGCUCUUAUCUCUCAUCUCACACGACACGUCCUACUUUCUUCACCGAAAAUCACAGUCUAGAAAAAAGCCGAUACCGGCUGCUGCAUCUCAGGGAAGAAAAAGAAAGGGGAAAAAAACAAACAAACAAACAAACAAACAAACCACAAAAAUGGCAGCUCCCAUCAGGAUAUCCGUCCUCGCCUCAGGCAACGGCUCAAACUUCCAAGCCCUAAUUGACGCCGUGCAAAAGACACACGCCAUCUCGCCCGCGACCAUCGUGCGGCUGAUUGCGAACCGCAAGAACGCUUACGCGCUGACCCGCGCCGCCGACGCCGGCAUCCCGACCGAGUACUUCAACCUGGUCGGGAACGGGUUCCAAAAGGCGGGCGAGAAGGACCCCGAGGCGAAGCGGCAGGCGCGGGAGGCCUACGACGCUGCGCUGGCCGCGCUCGUGCUCAAGGACGAGCCGGAACUGGUCGUGCUCGCCGGCUGGAUGCACGUCUUCUCCGAGGCGUUCCUACGCCCGCUCGAGGCCGCCGGCAUCAAGUGCAUCAACCUCCACCCGGCCCUGCCCGGCAAGUACGACGGCGCCAACGCCAUCGGCCGUGCGUACCAGGACUUCAAGGACGGGAACCUGGAGGGUGGAAAGACGGGCAUCAUGAUCCACUAUGUCAUUGCCCAGGUCGAUCGGGGAGCCCCGAUCAUGGUUCAGGAGAUCGAGUGCAGGGAGGGAGAGACGUUGGAGGAGCUCGAGCAGAGGAUACACUCACAUGAGCAUGAGCUCAUCGUCAAGGCGACGGCACAGGUCGUCAAGGAGAUUGCCGAGACGAAGAAGAGGUAGUAGACAUAGACUAACAUGGAACAAGAAAAAUAUUCGACAUCACAUUGCUCCCUACAGAUUGUUCACUUGCACUUGCACAUACAACACAGCCAUACACGCAAAUAGUAUAAGAUUCAAGGGCCUCAGGGCAUCUCAAUUUCAUAUUUGCAUUCCGAAAGUUCAUGAAUAUUCUUUUGUUGCCCAUUUCCACGCCGAAACCCAUGCAAA